AUGGACACCUCCCUCGGCCCAUACCGCUUCAAAUACGCCGACGACGGCCUGGCAAUCUACAAACUAGACGACCUGGUCGAGCAAUACUUCUUUUGCGAUGAGCAUUUCUGGUUCCAGGUUCUGCGUGUUGGGAAUAAGACUUUCAAGUUCCGGGUUUCGACGCAUACGAAGGAGGAGCAGAGGGUGAAGAUUUGGAAGACGUUUCGAGGGUUUCCGAGGAAGAGGAGAUUGUUGAGUGACUACAUAGACAUCCAGAAAGGAACUGCUGGUCAGUUUCGGUUGAUAUGGCUGUCCGUUGCGGAGUUAUUACAAGCGAUGAACGCCCUCGAAAAAAGAGACCGGAAAGACGACAAAGACGAAAAAGACGAAGAACCAUAUCAAAUGCUAAAGAAAGCAAUGGAGACAGCAAGGAUAUGGAAACAGAAAGAGGAGAUGCGGGAUCAGUGUUGUUGUAUGAAUAUUAGUUGGUGGGGAUGUAGUUGCUAUUGUCCAGACUGUUCCGGUGUCGAUUGUGGUGGUUGUUAG